AUGGAACGGCAAGACUUGUUUGGUUUGGGUCAGGAAUUCAAUUUUGAUUUUCAACACAAAGUUGAGUUUAGCAGUGUCAACAUGGAUUGUACAGGUAAGUUUUACAUUGAGUAAUACUUCAUUGAUGAUUACAAUAUCAGCCAAUGUUUAUCUAAAACUUAAAAUUAUAAACUUUUUAUUCUUCUUUUUUUUAAUUCAAUAAAAAAUUACAGCACAAAAUUCACUAUUUUAGAGCAGAAUUUAAUACUGCUUUUGUACGUACUAAAUGAAACUCAAAAUUUUUUUGUUUUUUACAAGUUCAAAUUGCGAAAAAUUCAAUUAUAAAAUCACAUUCCCAAACUCAUCUGCUUAUGUUUUUGCGUUUUGAUGAAGCAAUUACAACUUUUUAAUGCUAAUUUUACAUUAUUAUGUUUAAAAAGUUUAGAAGAUCACAAUAUGAAACCAAUAGUUUAAAAAAAUUAUUUUUAUGUUUUUUACAAUAAAAAAAAGGUAAACUACUUUUGAAUAAUAGUACAAAAAAUUUAUUAUACGGUAACACUUUUGCGAAAACUGAAACGUGUUUUAUAUACGUAUAAGCUCAUUAAAGCUCUUUUAGUUUAUUUUGCAUUACAAUUGCCUCUAUCACUAAUGAAUUUAAAUUUUUUAAGCUUUAAAUUUGGAGCAUUUUGUAUGCAUAAAUAAAAUUGUUUUAUACUUUCAGGUUGUUGCUAACCUGAUUUUUUUUGUUAAGAAACCUAUCUUAAUAAUAACAUCUUAAUAUCGUCUAAAAUUUGUUAAAUUACGUUGAAUAAUGUUGCGUGAGUAGGUACUUGGCAUUUGGCCGAGUUCAGUGUAACCCUGUGGAAAACAAUUUGUAUUAAAUUUUUUUAUUUGUGAACCUAGUAGUCGUGCUAGAUUGCGUAGGCGACGUAAAGUAAUUUAUUUAAUUUUUUUAAAAUUUUUAUUUUAUAUUAUGUUUAGGCAUAGUAAAGCGUUUAAUGCGGCCUUUGUUCUUAGUUCAUCGCUUUUUAAUUUCUUCAAUUUUUCAGUAAUGAGUAGUAGUUAAUUUUAAAGAAAUUUACUAAAUAGUUUACGAAAGUUGUGAGCUUGGUUUGGGUUGUAGAUUUCAAAAUAGUAUAUAGUUUUGUCUUCAAUUUUUUUUUAAUAUUCUAUCCACCACACUAAAAUCAUAUCUUUAGACUUUUCUUCAAAUUUUUUGGUUCAGUUCAUGAAAUUCCAAAUGCUAUACUAUAUUUUUUAAUUUUGGUUUCACGUACAAAUACCUAUUUUGUAAUUUACCAAAAGUUUUUUGUAUUUUUGAAUGUUUCUUGCAGUGAUAAAAUUUUGGCGGAAAAAGGGGUUUGGCCGCUGUAGACGGGACCGAAACAGAAGGAAAAUAAGAUAGAUAAUGAGCAUGGUGAUAAGCCAAGUGAACCUUUUUUGCCUCUUUUUUGGCCUUAACACGUUUUUCUUGCAGAACGAAUGCCAUUCAGGAAUUGCAGUGGAUGCGGAUUUGAAAUCAACGACCGGUAAGCAAGGGCUAAGCGAAUUUUGAGAGAAUAACUGUUAUUCAAUUUUAUGUCUUACUGUUUCAAAUUUAUGAUAUUUAUAUUUGAUUAAGGAAAGUCAAAACAAAGUCCUGUAAUGAAUUUUCGAAAAUGUCUACAAAAUACGUUUGCAAUAUUUUACUAUACUGGUUUGACGCAGUUUUACUAACUAAAUGUCUAUAUGUUUAUUGAUAAGACUUGCUACAGUACAUAAUUAUUUACGUGAGUGGUAAGCCGCUUAAACAUUCACACUGUUUUCGUUUAGCCAAUUACCGUAAAACUUUUUCCGGAAAUAAAGAAUGUUUUAAUGGUACGCAUUUUUAAUUUUAUUUUGCACUAUAAUUUAUUAUAUGGAGGUACUAACAUUGAAGUUUUUAGGUACUUGCUUUCUGUGGUAGAUCACUAUUACCACGAAUUUUGUUUGCGUUGCUGUGCGUGCGGCCAGCAGAUGACGGACGCAAACUCAUGUUAUUUUAAAGGUGAUAAAAUGUACUGCAAAGACGACUACAACAUGUAAGUUAAAUUUUUAACAUAAAAAAUAUGAAUGAUAUGCAAAUUCUUCAUUCUCUGAACAUUUUGAUAACGUGUUAAUAAAAGGAACAACUAGCACUAGCCAUGUUCAAGGUCAAUGGCUAUUCAUAAUCUGAAAAAUAAUGCGCGAACAUUGCGUGCGUUCAUCCAGAACACUUUAAUUAAUUGUCUUUUAAGAUUAAGAUCACAAAAGAUAAAACGAAAGCAGUAGGCCAUUAUAUGUCUUUAAGUUAGCGACCUAAUAAAACGUGUUUAAUUUGAUUAGUUUUUUUGUUGCUUAGUUGUAGUAACCAUUAAAAAUAUCAUUGUUUUAAAGUUAAAACAUUAUAAGAAAUUGUUAGGAACUUUUGGAUUAAAAAACAUGUAUACUUAAGCAAAAUGUGCAAUAAAGCAUCAUUGUUCAAUAUUAUCCUUUUUUAAUUGUCAAGUGGGGUAAUAUUGAGGUCUCGACAGGAUCAAUCAAGACCGGAUGUCUUGAGUGAAAUUUGCGGAUGACACAUUUCAAGAGCGCGAAAUGCUUGCUUCCUAAAUAAAAUGAGGGUAUACCCAACAUAUAGGAUGUUCAUAGAAUAAGCAAAGCACGGAAUCAAAAUUUUACAAUAUUAAUUUGACUGGUUGUAUUUGUGGUGGCGUCUGUUGACCCUGUAAUAUCAGAUUUUUUUAAACAUUACUUUUUCUUAUUUUUAAUUAAUUUUGUAAUUUGACAGUACUGUAAAAGUUAUUACAUUACUGUCAGAAAAAAUCAUUACAAGAAAUUAUUGUAUUAUUACUUUUAUUGUAAUAACUCAUUAUGAGAAUUCAGUGUUUUUGCUAAAAGUUCAUGGCGCAGCAAUCAUUAUUAAAAAUACAGACAUUUACAUAAAGAACACUUUGUAUUACAUAGAGUAAUUAUAGGUGAAAAUAUUACACAUACUAAUAUGGUGGAUAUAAGGCUUCUUUGUUUAUCAAACAUGUUUAUGGUAGGCACCGUAGCUGUGUUGACAUUGCAGCCAUGUGCCGGCCAUAAACUCGGUCUUUAUGAGAAUUUGAAUUGUUUGCACAAUCUGCCCUUAGGACAUACCGUAUAUGCCCACAACAAAAAUUGACAAUUGAAAAAUUUUAAAUUUUAAGGUAUAAAUAGUAAUAUAAGAAUAUAAUUGAUUAUAUGUUUUUAAAACAUAUUUCAGGCUGUUUGCACCAAAAUGCGCCCGAUGUCAAACAGAGUUAAAGUCGGAUGAUAUGGUAUAUAGGACUCUUAACCUGGCAUUCCACAUGAAUUGCUUUCAGUGUUAUUGCUGCGGGCAGUUACUAAAGAAAGGUGAUCAAUAUCAUUAUGUAGAUGGCCAAAUAAUAUGUUCUGGUGAUUACAAUACUAUUAUUCGACCUACUACUCUUUGUGGUGAGUCUUGAUAAAAGUAAAAAUGUUAACAUCACUACAAUAUUACAUUAAAAACGUAGCAGUUCUUUUGUAUUAUAUAAUUUAAAACGUUUUCUUAGUUUACAAGGUUUUUUUUACUAGUUAUUAUAAUUUUUAUUCUUUAACGAAAUUUUUCUUAUUUUAAAAGUGCAAUUACCAAUAAUUUGUGGUUCUUUUGCUUAAUGUUUUGUUCCAUUUAGGUUCAUCUUUUAUGCCUUCAAUAUCAAUGGAACCUGGGUUUAUAUGUACAGGAUCAAGUCGCGACAAAAAACAACCAAAACGACCUAGGACUAUUCUGAAUGCGGUUCAAAGGAAAGCGUUUAAGUACGCAUUUGAAAAAGGGCCGAAGCCUACGAGAAAGGUAAUUUUAAACUAUCAAAAAACUUUUAAAGGUUUGAUUUCUGUACUCUGUAUAAGUACUGACUAAAAUUUUAUUAGUCGUGGAUAAAACUAUAUUUUUUCAUUUUUCUUUUAGGUUCGCGAACAGUUAGCAAAAGAAACAGGCCUAAGCGUACGUGUUGUCCAAGUAUGGUUUCAAAAUCAACGAGCCAAGAUGAAAAAGGACCAGCGCAAGAAAGAUGGUCAGAAAGGUGCCAAUUCUGUGGGAAGUGCUGUCACGUCAACCGAUUCAGAAGCAAAAAGUAUAGCGGGUGAAGAGGAGUUGAAGAGCAUGGGAUCUAUCAAGUCGGAGGAAGACUACGGUAGGCCUUUUAGCUAUGUAUUUACCGUUUUUUGUUAAAUAAUUUACUUUAAACUCAUAGAAUGUUAUUGUUUCUUCAUACACUUUAGAUUCGGAUUCCGAAACGUUCUCAGACCAGCUCAGUAUCAGAUCAAUUACACACUACGAUUCGUCUGAUACGCCAAGCACUAUGCAAACGGUUCAAUCCAAUUACACUAACAAACAAUACUCAUCAUCACCUAUCAGCAAAUUGUACGAAAUGCAACAUCACUAUUUCGCGUUCGCUUAA